GUUCAAUUGUACCUUGGUUGUAGCACAAGUUAGGCUUAAUUAUUAGACCAUGGAGGAAGUAGAAAUGGCUUCCAAUAGCAUCAAUGCCGAAGAAAGAAAUACUAGAAGUUGGAAACCAAAUGAUAUGUUAUACAGGUUAAAGGAUAGGCCAGCUUGGCUCACCACUAUUACACUGGCUUUCCAGAACUUUCUGAUGCUUUUUAGUGGAUGUAUGGUAAUACCUUUCCUCUUCGCCCCAGCACUCUGUAUAGAGGACAACCUACUGGCCCAAUGUUAUUUAAUCAGCACUGUGUUGUUUGUAUCGGGAAUAUCAACUAUGAUUCAAACUGCUUUUGGUGUUAGGUUGCCAAUUGCUCAAGGUGGUUCUUUUGGUUUUAUUGUGCCGGCUCUAUCGAUCUGCAACCUACAUGGAGCUUGCCCAUCACGAACAGAUAAUGAAAAUAAUUCUGUCGAUGAAAUGGAGCAGCCGGAAUGGAAAAAACGAUUACUGGAGGUUCAAGGAGCAAUUAUCGUCACUUCAUUUAUUCAAAUGUUCGCCGGAGUCUUCGGUUUGAUUGGUUUAGUACAGCUCUACUUCACACCAAUUGUAAUAACACCAACCAUUGGUCUCAUUGGAUUAUCCUUGUUUGAAAAGGCCUCCGAAACCGCUGGACUGCAUUGGGGAUUGGCAGCAAUAACCAUGGUCAGUGUGAUUGUGUUCUCUCAAUACCUAAGGAAUGUCAAUAUUCCAUGCAACUGUAUUCCUGGUACUACUUCACGUUUUCCAUUAUUCAGACUGUUUCCGGUUCUUUUUGGAAUAUUUUUCGGCUGGUUCGUGGCAUUUAUUCUUACGGUUGCUGGUGGUCUACCGGACGACCCAGAUGGCUAUGGCUACUCAGCUAGGACGGAUAUAAGAUUGAGUGUUCUUUCUGAAUCACCUUGGUUUCGAAUACCCUACCCUUGUCAAUGGGGAAUUCCAACAGUCACAGUAGCUGGCGUCAUUGGCAUGUCAAUCGCGACUUUCAUCACUAUAAUUGAAUCACUUGGCGAUUACUAUGCAUGCGCACGUUUUUCCGGCGCUCCACCUGUACCUGGUCACGCUAUGAAUCGUGGCAUAGCAAUGGAAGGAGUUGGUUGUUUAAUUGAUGGUCUUAUUGGUAGUGGCUCCGGUACUACAUCAUACAGUCAAAAUAUAGGAGCAAUAGGGAUAACAAAGGUGGCCAGCCGUACAGUUACGCAAGUGUCAGCCAUCAUUAUGUUAGUUCUUGCAGUAUUUAGUAAAUUUGGCGCACUUUUUGUCUGUAUCCCGAGUCCUGUUAUAGGUUCUGCGGUGUUCGUUCUAUUCAGUAUGAUUGUUGGUGCUGGUCUCUCAAAUCUUCAAUUUAUCGAUUUAAACUCAUCUCGAAAUAACUUCAUUGUUGGAUUUUCCUUCUUCCUUGGUCUUGCUCUUCCAAACUGGAUAUCAAAAAAUAAUGGCGUGAUUGAUACAGGUGUAACUGAACUGGAUCAAGCUAUCCUAAUUCUUCUUAAAACAAAUAUGUUUGUUGGAGGAUUCACUGCUUUCAUUCUGGACAACACAGUACCAGGCACUGUUGAAGAGCGCGGCAUCUUAAAAUGGCAAAGUGGUCAGACAGAUGCAGAUACAAACUCCUUAGAGUCAGUGUCAGACAUUUAUGAUCUGCCGUUCGGAAUGGAGUACAUUCGGCGCUCAAAAAUAUGCCGCUACCUACCGUUUAGUCCAACAUUUCGAGGUUUCAAACAUGCUUGACGGAUCAUGGACGGAAUAUUCAGAUUCAGAUUAUUCUUUAUUGACAUGACGAUGUCAAGAGAUUUGUUUUCCUUGUUACAUAUGAGUAAAAAAUUUUUAAAAAACUACAUAAAAAAAAAGUUAGUUAAAUAUAUAUCAAACACAUACAAAUUAAUAAACAAAAACAAGGUGAGUUACAAUAAAUAUAUAAAUAUUCAGUGUAUACAGUUCAGCGGUUGAAGUCAGUUGAAUAUGGAGACAUCAUCUUUUAAUUUACUUUAUAUACUUUAUUUGGACAGCAGAAGGUCGGGGUUCGAAUACCGGUUAGAGAACCUAUUUUUUCACACUCGCAGAUUCCUCGUUUACAUAGUGCUAUAUCAUAAUGACUUAUAUACUGAAUAUUAAAUAUAUUUAUAUGUACUGUAUAUGUAUGUAAUGGUAGCUAUUGUAAAGGAAGAUUAAGUAUGGGUGUAGAUCUUUUAAUAUUUACAUCGAGAGUAGUAAUACAGCACUGUAGUAAUAAUGUUUAGCUCUACACUAGUACCUAAUUUAUAUUUUAUUCAUUUUGCAUUGGUUUUUUUUUUUCAUAUUUUAUGCUAUGGCAAAAAAAUUUCCUUCUGGAUAAUAAAGAGUUUUUGAAGUUGAAUUUGUUCCUAAGUUUCAUAAUAUGACGAUAGGAAUUGACACUUAUAACUGAUUAAUUUCGCUAUUGGCAGCUUUAGCCCAUUAGCCUUAAUGAAAUAAACAACUCAAAAUAAAUAUAAAAAAAGGAAUCACAAAGCCAAAUGAUUGGUCAAUAUUCAGAACUUUCCUUUGCUAGUAACGUUAAAAGACCGAAGGCAAAACCAUAUUCAUUGCAAUGAAACAGCCAUUUUACUUGGAAAGCAUCUUGAUAAAAACAAGUUAGGAGAUUGUUCACUUCCUAAAUCUACCAAUGCCAACACAGGUCACAGACGAUGGUUUGUAUUAAAUGCUCUGCACCUCAAUCAGCAGUACUUCUGAUACUGUAGCGCUCUGUCUACACUACCAAAUUUUAUGUAAAAAAAAAAUGCGAUGUGCCCAUAUAUGGGCACGAUGAUGUCAUAUCACAAUUUAAAAUUGUAUCAAAAAAUGUUGGUCUUUUUUUGAUGUCGUCUGUCAAAAGGUUUUCAUUUUUUUUUUUUGACCAAAAAGCAAACACUACAAAUCACACCAACCAAUUGGAUUGUUCAGUUAUUUAUUUUUUAUUACUGCAUUUAGAUUUACUGUAUAUUUAAUAUCAUCUUUAAUUUAGUUUUGUCUCAUUUGUAUAGGCUUAUCUUGCUUUGUAUUGAUUUUUAGUGAUAUUUUUAAUGUAUCGUGAGUUUUGUUUUAUUAUGAUCUGUGAUCCACUUUUGAAACCAUUGCUAUGUUACUGAAAGUGUUACCACAUAAAAGACAAAAAUAAAUAAAUAA